AUCACUGUGCUGGACGAGAAUGACAACAGCCCCCGGUUUGACUUCACCUCUGACUCAGUGGUCAGCGUGCCCGAGGACUGCCCCGUGGGCCAGCGCAUGGCCACCGUCAAGGCCCAGGACCCCGAUGCCAGCAGCAACGGGCAGGUGGUCUUCUCCUUGGCCUCUGGCAACAUCGCCGGGGCCUUUGAGAUCAUCACCACCAACGACUCCAUUGGCGAAGUGUUUGUGGCCAGGCCCCUGGACAGAGAAGAGCUGGACCACUACGUCCUCAAGGUUGUGGCAUCCGACCGUGGCACCCCUCCACGGAAGAAGGACCACCUCCUGCAGGUGACCAUCCUGGACGUCAAUGACAACCCGCCGGUGAUUGAGAGCCCCUUUGGAUACAAUGUCAGCGUGAACGAGAACGUGGGCGGGGGUACUGCUGUGGUCCAGGUGAGAGCCACCGACCGUGACAUCGGGAUCAACAGCGUCCUGUCCUACUACAUCACCGAGGGCAAUGAGGACGUGACCUUCCGCAUGGACCGCAUUAGUGGUGAGAUCGCCACGCGGCCUGCCCCGCCGGAUCGCGAGCGCCAGAGCUUCUACCACCUGGUGGUCACCGUGGAGGACGAGGGCACCCCUACCCUGUCAGCCACCACUCACGUGUACGUGACCAUCGUGGACGAGAAUGAUAACGCGCCCGUGUUCCAGCAGCCCCACUACGAGAUCUUACUGGAUGAGGGCCCGGAUACGAUCAAUGCCAGCCUCAUCACCAUCCAGGCGCUAGACCUGGACGAAGGGCCCAAUGGCACAAUUACUUAUGCCAUUGUCGCAGGCAACAUCAUUAACACCUUCCGUAUCGACAGACACACGGGUAUCAUCAGUGCUGCCAAGGAGCUGGACUACGAGAUCAGCCAUGGCCGCUACACCCUGAUCAUCACCGCCAUUGACCAGUGCCCCGUCUUGUCCCGCCGCCUCACCUCCACCACCACGGUGCUUGUGAAUGUGAAUGACAUCAAUGACAACGUGCCCACCUUCCCCCGAGACUACGAGGGGCCAUUUGAUGUCACCGAGGGCCAGCCGGGGCCCAGAGUGUGGACCUUCCUGGCCCACGACCGGGAUUCGGGCCCCAACGGGCAGGUGGAGUACAGCAUUGUGGACGGAGACCCUCUGGGGGAGUUUGUGAUCUCUCCCGUGGAGGGGGUACUGCGGGUCCGGAAGGAUGUGGAGCUGGACCGGGAGACCAUUGCCUUCUACAACCUGACCAUCUGUGCCCACGACAGGGGGGUGCCCCCACUCAGCUCCACGAUGCUGGUGGGGAUCCGGGUACUGGACAUCAAUGACAAUGACCCCGUGCUGCUCAACCUACCGAUGAGCAUCACCAUCAGUGAGAGUAGCCCCGUCUCCAGCUUGGUGGCCCAUGUCCUGGCCAGUGACGCUGACAGCGGGUGCAAUGCACUCCUCACCUUCAACAUCACUGCAGGCAACCGAGAGCGGGCCUUCUCCAUCAAUGCCACGACAGGGAUCAUCACAGUGAACCGGCCCCUGGACCGCGAGCGGAUCCCCGAGUACAGGCUGACCAUCUCCGUGAAGGACAACCCAGAGAACCCACGCAUAGCCAGGAGGGAUUUUGACUUGCUACUGAUCUUUCUUGCGGACGAGAAUGACAACCACCCCCUCUUUACUGAGAGCACCUACCAGGCGGAGGUGAUGGAGAACUCUCCUGCUGGGACCCCCCUCACGGUGCUCAAUGGGCCCAUCCUGGCCCUGGAUGCGGACCUGGACAUCUAUGCCGUGGUGACCUACCAGCUGCUGGGCUCCCAGAGCGGCCUCUUUGACAUUGACAGCAGCACCGGCAUAGUGACAGUGAGAUCAGGUGUCAUCAUUGACCGGGAGGGCUUCUCACCCCCAGUCCUGGAGCUGCUGCUGCUGGCUGAGGACAUCGGACUGCUCAAUGGCACAGCCGACCUGCUUGUCACCAUCCUGGAUGACAAUGACAACUGGCCCACCUUUAGCCCUACCGCCCUCACAGUCCACCUGCUAGAGAACUGCCCACCAGGAUUCUCAGUCCUUCAGGUCACAGCCACAGAUGAAGACAGUGGCCUCAAUGGGGAGCUGAUCUACCGAAUAGAAGCUGGGGCUCAGGACCGCUUCCUCAUCCACCCACUCACCGGGGUCAUCCGCGUCGGCAACGCCACCAUCGACAGGGAGGAGCAGGAAUCCUACAGGCUGACAGUGGUGGCCACCGACAGGGGCACCAUCCCUCUCUCUGGCACGGCCGUCAUCACUAUCCUUAUCGACGACAUCAAUGACUCCCGCCCCGAGUUCCUCAACCCCAUCCAGACAGUGAGUGUGCUGGAGUCCGUCAAGCCAGGCACUGUCAUUGCCAAUGUCACUGCCAUCGACCGCGACCUCAACCCAAAGCUGGAGUACCACAUCAUCGGCAUCAUGGCCAAGGACGACACUGACUGCUUGGUGCCUGAUCAGGAGGAUGCCUUUGCCGUGAAUAUCAACACAGGGUCUGUAAUGGUGAAAUCCCCCCUGAACCGGGAGCUGGUUGCCACCUAUGAGGUCACUGUCUCGGUGAUUGACAAUGCCAGUGACCUACCAGAGCACUCUGUCAGUGUGCCAAAUGCCAAGCUGACGGUCAACAUCCUGGACGUCAAUGACAAUACUCCCCAGUUCAAGCCCUUCGGGAUCACCUACUACACAGAGCGGAUCCUGGAGGGGGCGACCCCCGGCACCACGCUCGUCGCUGUGGCGGCUGUGGACCCUGAUAAGGGCCUCAAUGGGCUGAUCACCUACACCCUGCUGGACCUGAUGCCCCCAGGCUACGUCCAGCUGGAAGACUCCUCAGCGGGGAAGGUCAUUGCCAACCGGACGGUGGACUAUGAGGAGGUGCGCUGGCUCAACUUUACCGUGAGGGCCUCAGACAAUGGGUCCCCACCCCGGGCAGCUGAGAUCCCUGUCUACCUGGAGAUUGUGGACAUCAAUGACAACAACCCCAUUUUUGAUCAGCCCUCCUACCAGGAAGCCGUCUUUGAGGAUGUGCCUGUGGGCACAGUCAUCCUGACGGUCACUGCUACUGAUGCCGACUCAGGCAACUUUGCCCUCAUUGAGUACAGCCUCGGGGAUGGAGAGGGCAAGUUUGCCAUCAACCCCACUACGGGUGACAUCUAUGUGCUGUCCUCUCUGGACCGGGAGAAGAAGGACCACUAUAUCCUGACUGCCUUGGCCAAAGACAACCCUGGGGAUGUAGCCAGCAAUCGUCGAGAAAAUUCGGUGCAGGUGGUGAUCCAGGUGCUGGACGUCAAUGACUGCCGGCCACAGUUCUCCAAACCCCAAUUCAGCACAAGCGUGUACGAGAAUGAGCCAGCGGGCACCUCGGUCAUCACCAUGAUGGCCACCGACCAGGAUGAGGGCUCCAAUGGGGAGUUGGCCUACUCACUUGAGGGCCCUGGAGUGGAGGCCUUCCACGUGGACAUGGACUCGGGUCUGGUGACCACAAAGCGGCCACUGCAGUCCUAUGAGAGGUUCAACCUGACCGUGGUGGCCACGGAUGGUGGACAGCCCCCACUCUGGGGCACCACAAUGCUCCUGGUGGAGGUCAUCGACGUCAAUGACAACCGCCCUGUCUUCGUGCGACCACCCAACGGCACCAUCCUCCACAUCAGAGAGGAGAUCCCGCUGCACUCCAACGUGUACGAGGUCUACGCCACAGACAAGGACGAGGGCCUCAAUGGGGCGGUGCGUUACAGCUUCCUGAAGACGGCGGGCAACCGGGACUGGGAGUACUUCACCAUCGACCCAGUCAGCGGCCUCAUCCAGACCGCGCAGCGCCUGGACCGCGAGAAGCAGGCGGUGUACAGCCUCAUCCUGGUGGCCAGCGACCUGGGCCAGCCGGUGCCAUACGAGACCAUGCAGCCUCUGCAGGUGGCCCUGGAGGACAUCGACGACAAUGAACCCCUCUUCGUGAGGCCUCCAAAAGGCAGCCCCCAGUACCAGCUGCUGACAGUGCCCGAGCACUCCCCACGUGGCACGCUCGUGGGCAACGUGUCAGGCGCCGUGGAUGCAGAUGAGGGCCCCAACGCCAUCGUGUACUACUUCAUCGCAGCCGGCAACGAAGAGAAGAACUUCCAUCUUCAUCCCGACGGGCGUCUGCUGGUGCUGCGGGACCUGGACCGGGAGCAGGAAGCCGUCUUCUCCUUCAUUGUCAAGGCCUCAAGCAAUCGCAGCUGGACACCUCCCCGUGGGCCCUCCCCAGCCCUCGACCUGGUCACUGACCUCACCCUGCAGGAGGUGCACGUCGUGCUGGAGGACAUCAAUGACCAGCCGCCACGCUUCACCAAGGCUGAAUACACUGCAGGAGUGGCCACUGAUGCCAAGGUGGGCUCAGAGCUGAUCCAGGUGCUGGCCCUGGACGCAGACAUUGGCAACAACAGCCUGGUCUUCUACAGCAUCCUGGGCAUCCACUACUUCCCGGCCCUUGCCAACGACUCUGAGGAUGUAGGCCAGGUCUUCACCAUGGGGAGCGUGGAUGGCAUCCUGCGCACCUUCGACCUCUUCAUGGCCUACAGCCCCGGCUACUUUGUGGUGGACAUCGUGGCCCGGGACCUGGCAGGCCACAACGACACGGCUGUCAUCGGCAUCUACAUCCUGAGGGAUGACCAGCGCGUCAAGAUCGUCAUUAAUGAGAUCCCCGACCGCGUGCGUGGAUUUGAGGAGGAAUUUAUCCGCCUGCUUUCCAACAUCACUGGUGCCAUCGUCAACACAGAUGACGUGCAGUUCCACGUGGACAAGAAGGGUCGAGUGAACUUCGCACAGACAGAGCUGCUUAUCCAUGUGGUGAACCGUGAUACCAACCGCAUCCUGGAUGUGCACCGGGUGAUCCAGAUGAUCGAUGAGAACAAGGAACAGCUGCGGAAUCUGUUCCGGAACUACAACGUCCUGGACGUGCAGCCCGCCAUCUCUGUCCAACUGCCCGACGACAUGUCUGCCCUGCAGAUGGCGAUCAUUGUCCUGGCCAUUCUCCUGUUCCUGGCUGCCAUGCUCUUCAUUCUCAUGAACUGGUACUACAGGACCGUACACAAGAGGAAGCUCAAAGCCAUCGUGGCAGGCUCAACAGGGAAUCGCGGCUUCAUUGACAUCAUGGACAUGCCCAACACCAACAAGUAUUCUUUUGACGGGGCCAAUCCUGUGUGGCUGGAUCCUUUCUGCCGAAACCUGGAGCUGGCCGCCCAGGCUGAGCACGAGGACGACCUGCCGGAGAACCUGAGUGAGAUCGCUGACCUGUGGAAUAGCCCCACCCGCACCCACGGAACUUUUGGGCGUGAACCAGCAGCGGUCAAGCCUGAUGAUGACCGGUACUUGCGGGCAGCCAUCCAGGAGUACGACAACAUUGCCAAGCUGGGCCAGAUCAUUCGGGAGGGGCCCAUCAAGGGCUCGCUGCUGAAGGUGGUCCUGGAGGAUUACCUGCGGCUCAAAAAGCUCUUUGCACAGCGGAUGGUGCAAAAAGCCUCCUCCUGCCACUCCUCCAUCUCCGAGCUGAUCCAGACCGACCUGGAGGAGGAGCCAGGGGAGCGCAGCCCAGGCCAGGGCAGCCUGCGCUUCCGCCACAAGCCACUGAUGGAGCUCAAAGGGCCCGAUGGGAUCCACAUGGUACAGGGCAGCACGGGCACACUGCUGGCCACUGACCUCAACAGCCUGCCCGAAGAUGACCAGAAGGGCCUGGGGCGCUCGCUGGAGACGCUGACGGCGGCCGAGGCCAGCGCUUUCGAGCGCAACGCCCGCACAGAGUCCGCCAAGUCCACGCCCCUGCACAAGCUUCGAGACGUCAUCAUGGAGAGUCCCCUGGAGAUCACGGAGCUAUGAUGAGAAGGGGAGCCUCACUGGUGGAGCCGCGCCUGUCCCCCACCCCCUUCCAGGGCAAGGGCAGGACCGAGGGGUGUGGGCCCCUCCCCAGGCCAGCCCUGGGUGUCCAACCUUGGGGUGGACUGGCAACAGUGGCCAGCAUCAGCUGCUCAGACAGAUUCCACUUUGCCAGGCGCUCAUUCAGCAUCUGAUCUCUACCUUCAUAAAAUUUGUUAUUUUUUUAAGAAAACCAAACAAAAAUGUUAAAUGUCUAAGGACGAGGUAAGGAUGGUCACUGGGGGCCCAGGAGUCAGUCUGAGGACCAACUCAGCCCAGGCUGAGCUGAAAGAGGCCAAGCAGACCCUCUUCCCCCGGACCCUCCCCAGUACAUCCCCAUCCCGUCCCGUCCCCCACACAGGGCAGGAGCCCGGCGCCGGGGAGGGAGGCCCAGGGCUGGCGUCCCCUGCCUAGCCUUGACUCCGACUUCGAGUCCCAGUGCGUUUUUGCUACAUCACUGGCGAGACAUCCAGGUGGGGACAGUAAGUGAUCCCUGCCUCCCCCCACGGACAAGGUCAAUGUCAGCGAAGCAACCGAAUUCUUUCCAUUUCACUGGCUUCCCAGACGUGUGGGCUCAUAAAGAGAAAUGACUGAUGUUCCCCUGGGUUUAGAAUGUCGCGUGUUCGUGUGUAUUCCUUUUUUAAAUUAAGUUAUUCCCUCAUUAGUUUCCCCUUCGUUUAUGUUUAACUAGUACUCACCAAACGUUUCUGGAAUGGUCUGAAUUUUAAAAAGACAAGGAACCAGCAAUACGCUCCGACUCUGGUAAACUA